UGUAGAAAUUUGCCUGAUGCAUCCCCUUGAUGUAGUGAAAACAAGGUUCCAAAUUCAAAGAGGGAAAACUGAUCCAACCAGUUACAAGAGCCUGGGGGAUUGUUUUAGGACUAUUUUCCAACGAGAAGGAUUACUUGGCUUCUACAAAGGAAUACUUCCCCCUGUCUUGGCUGAGACACCCAAAAGGGCUGUGAAGUUUUUUACCUUUGAACAAUACAAGAAGCUGCUGGGAUAUGUGUCAUUGCCACCAGGACUGGCUUUUGCAGUUGCUGGCUUGGGCUCUGGGUUGACAGAGGCAGUUGUGGUAAACCCGUUUGAAGUGGUGAAGGUUACCUUACAGACCAAUCAGAGUGCCUUCACAGAGCAACCAUCUAGCUUUGUUCAAGCUCAGCAGAUCAUUAGAAGCGGUGGUCUGGGCUCCCAAGGACUCAACAAAGGCCUCACUGCAACACUGGGCCGUCACGGAGUUUUUAACAUGGUUUACUUUGGAUUCUACUUCAAUGUGAAAAACAUUCUUCCAGUCAAUAAAGAUCCAAAUUUGGAGUUUUUGAGGAAAUUUGGAAUUGGGCUAGUCUCGGGAACAAUAGCCUCAAUUAUUAACAUUCCUUUUGAUGUUGCAAAAAGUAGGAUUCAAGGACCACAGCCAGUUCCUGGAGAGAUCAAGUACAGAACCUGUUUUAAAACUAUGGCAACAGUCUAUAAAGAGGAAGGAUUUCUGGCUCUGUACAAAGGCUUGCUUCCCAAGAUCAUGAGGCUGGGUCCAGGUGGUGCAGUGAUGCUUUUGGUUUACGAAUACGUUUAUGCAUGGCUUCAGGACACAGUUCAUCACAAGUAGCACUUCUGAAAAAUGUGCUCUUUAAAAUUACAUGCAUUCUAAAAUACACUAUAAUAAAGCAAAACUGAUUGUUAUCCUUUAUAGUGUUGAAUACUCUGAGAUUGCACUGAUGUUAAUGCAGUUCCAAACAAAUAUGCUGUUGAGAUCCAAGAAAACCUUUAAGUACAUGUGUUUCUGCAAAUGCAUAAUUAAAUAUCAUUUGGCAUUUGUAAUUGUUUUGCUGGACCAAGAGAAAAUAUAAAGCAGACAUAAGACAGUGAGUUUUUCAAGGACAAACUGAAAUUUCUUGACACAGAAUCAUUCUAUGUAAUCAUAUACUUUUAAAAAAAUUUCGGCUGAAAUGGCGAGAUAAAAACUUUCAGGGUAUUUUAAAGGAAAAAGUAGAAUAAUCCUAGGGGGGCAGAUACUAUGCUAAUGUAAACUGACAGCUCCAUGAACUCCACAUUAAGAAAAUUAUUCAUACUCUGCAACCCUUCAGUCAGUCUUGGGUCCAGUUUCAAUUCAGCCCAGUAUAGUUUCAGCAUUCAUGGAAGAGCUUUUCAAGUUCUUGGGAGUUUGGAUAGGAAAGGACAGCACAAGUAGCCACAACCUUAAAAACAUGCAUACUGCUAAAUAUCCUACUUGUUCUUAGCCAUAUAUAUGAUAUAAAUCUCAUUCAGAUCGUAGAAGAUACUGAAAGAAAUUAGUAUGCAUCAAGUUACAUAAAAAAGCAAACCAACAUGGGAUUCAUAGAAGAAAUUAGUAAAUAAAUUAACAGAAAAAAGUAAUUUUAGGCAUAUGAGAUUUCAUUGCAAAUUUUUUAUCCACUUUGAUAUACUAUCCCAAAAGAGCUGUCCUGUGAUAAAAAUUCUCAGUGCACCUUGACUGCCCCUUUAGCCUUCCAUUUCCACCAUGGAAUUGUGAAACAAAGUUGUAGACUGAUAGACAGCUCAUCUGCAGUUGUAAUUAGCUAGCCAUACAUCUCAAAGAAAUGCACCUUUCUGUAGAUAAAAAAAAAGUUGCUCUGAAGCUAAAAUUUAAUAUAAAUACACUGUAAAUAUAAAUAUUCCAGGGAUGUACUUGUGUUCUUACUAGCCAUUCUAACUCUAUGAAGUACAGUAAAUUCUGCUAUGCUGACUGAAGACACAGUUUCUGUUCGUGCAGUUGUGCCAUUCUACAUUUUCUUUUGAAAAACUCUUUAAAUAAUUUAAAAUCACGCAUUAUUCUGUUAUAAAAAUGUCUCCGUUAUCUAACUUGAUUUGUUGUCAAAUGAGCAUAUAUCUUGCAAUUGCUGAAAGUUUCAGUAUCUCCCCAUACUACAUUCACUCUGUUAACAAAUAAGGUCCUUCCUUUAAAGGAGGUACAAACUUUUUCCUUAGCAAUCCUAAAGAAGUAUCUUUCUGCAUUGUUAUUUGAAAAUGUCAUUUCAGGUGUGAAGUCUCAUUUUCACAAGUGUUUUUAAUGCAUUGGAAAAGCAAAAAAUAGAAAAAAAAAAGAAAAUCUAAAAUUAGAAAUGUGUUUUCAGCACUUUCAAGGAUGCCUGUAUUAACAUGCUCAAUAAGCCUUUCUUUUGUCUGAAUUUGGCAACGGUGGCUUUUCAUACCUAUGCUAUUUCAUAGCUAAAAUCAAUAAAAUUAGCUCUGUUAAAGUUUAUGUUUUAAGGCAAGUGUUCCUCGUUGCAUUUUAUUAUCAGUACU